AUGGAAAACUCGUUGUCAGAGUAUGAACUUUUGCGACUCAGAAAUAUCAAGAGGAACCAUGAAUUCUUGAAAAGCCUUGGUGAGUACGCAAAAAAAAAAUUGAUAAUAAUCAUAUUCGCUAGAUUUACCACAGGUAGCCCAAGCUCGAAAUAUAAGGAUUUGUAUGAAAAAAAACCUGUCGUUUCCGUAACCUACGAAAAUGAAAGGAUUUCAAUAAAAAACAGCUUACCUUACAUAAAAUGUGUGUUACGUCUCUCCUGUGUGGUCCAUGGGCCGAUUUAUGGCCGUUUUAUGAGUUGUACUGUAAACGGUUUUCUCUCUAUAUUAAAGGUUUUUAGGUUUUUUUCCAUACAAAUCCUUAUAUUUCGAAUGUUAUGCAACAGGCCAAUGUUCGCCAAUGUUCAUAUUUCGAGCUUGCGCUACCUGUGGAUUUACAUGCAGAAAUCCAAGACAAUAAAGGGCCGGACCUAAUCAUCAAUUUUACCGAAUACUAUGGAGAGGUAGGGGGGGGGGGGGGCUUAUUACCGUGACGCCCUGUUCGACCAUUUUUGGUGUCAGCCAAACGUGAUGUACUGAAAAAUUUUUCUGUGAGUCGUGAUCAGAAGUGCCCUCCGUGAAACGCAAACUGCCAAAAUCCUCGAUUGUGUACACGUACAUGGAAGAUCAAUUGAAGAAAAAAAAAAACGUUAAUCUGGCCAAACGACCUUAACUCAUUAACUAGCAUCAGGUGGCUUGAUUUAAUUUCACUUUUGAAACUUUUGCUGUCACUUCACACUUCGGUGUGCUCAGACCCACUUACAGCUGGCUUCCCUCGGUAAUUUACAGCCGCGUGGGGAUCACCGCGAGAGAUCAACGCAGAGAUCAUUUGUUUCGUGACUCGUGAAACACAAAAUUGUUGUUCGUGAACUCUUGACGAGGAAAUUCUGAAUGUUGUGGGACUGAAGACUAGAUUUUCUUAGUGGUUUGCAGAGAAGCAGACAUUUCGUCAGCUAUGCAGGCACGCCGCCACAUUUCGGAAGGGAUAUAUGUUCAUCAAUGCAUUUUUUCCUGAGCGCUCUAGUGGGAAAAAGGAGCAUUUUUCUGAUGAACUGUUAUGCCUUUUUCAGAGUACUUCGUAAACGGGAUAGAGAGUGUAUAUUUUGCACCAGCCUGCUAGGCAAGCAAAUGAAACUAUUAUCUAUUUUAUAAGGCUUCGUUUUUUAGUGUUUAUACGCUUGUGAAGAACUGAUUUUUUUUUUUUUUUUUUUUUAGGUCUUCCUGUUCCAGCCGUACCAGCUGGCCUUCCUUCUCGUACUCGUAAAACACCUGUAAAGAAACGUAAUACAGAAACCACCGUCGCAGAUAGUGAAAGCUCAAAUGAGAGUAGUGAUGAUAGCGAUGAAGACUGGGUUCCAGGAUCAGAAGAAGUUAGAAGACGAAACAAAAUGAUCAAAAUAUUCAUUCCAGGUAGAAGAGAUUUUUAAUGCAUGAUCCUCCAAGCAGCACAGAAGGAAAAGAUCAGUGUUACUUAAUGGAAAAGUUAUAACAAAAAAAUAUAAUAUCUGCUGAAAAAUAGGUUAUACAUCAUAAACGAAGAUUAUGAAACGUGAAAUCAUCUUUUAAAAGACAUGAAAAGGCUUUUUCUUUACAUGAUCUGUUCAUAAUUCGGGGGGAGGGUGCGGCUACACGUAGGCUAUUUUAUGAUCGUAUAGCUUGUGUCUUCUUAGCCUCGUAGCAGGCGUCGACAUAAAAUGGGGUAGGGGAACUGGAGGAAGGGAAAAAGGGAUGGGGUUAGGGGAGAGGGACCACCUCCCUUUUCCCUUUCACGCUUUUCUCCCUCUCUCCCUCCCCUUUCCCUUCGGCUUCCGCUUGCCACGCAGGCUAGUAUCUUCUGUAAGAUUUUCUCAACGCUAAAUCGUAGGGCCAAGGUGUGAGUGACUGGCUGAUACUCCUGGCUGAGUUCGGUUCGAUUACUAUCGGAUACUUCUUUCGUCUGCGAUCUGAAGACAGGAACAGUCCUGAAGAAACCAAUUUUAAUAUAUUACGUCUAUACAAAUUCAAACUUGGCUGCGAGGCUUGAGGACAGAAGGAAUGUAUUAUUCAGAAGUGAUUAAUUUUAUUUUUAAAUUCCCUGCUCUGAGGCGCUAUGAGUUCGAACAAGCUCAGUCUUUCCCUCUAUUUUAGAGUUCCGGCCAAGACCUCAGACCGUACCAGUGUUGAACAGACGGACGGGACACACCAUGACGGUGGGAUAUAUGAAACGUUUUUAUCAUACAUUUUUAAACUGACCUAAACUGCCAGAUAACUCAACACUGGCAAAGUGUAACGUGCAACGGAAAGUUAACGAUAAAGACUGUUCGUUGCUGCAGAACUUAUCUAGGUUCUAAGCUCUUUUUUGAACCUUUGGAAAUUCUGAAGAACAUUGAUUCACCCUUGCAAGCAACUCCUCUUUCCGUUUCGAUAAAACCCAGUUUUGUACUCUGACAGUCGUUCGUUAGUAUCUCAGGCAUGAGUCGGAAAAAACUUUUAUAUUUUAGCAAAUUUGGCUGAAAUCAUUAAUUAGUCCAUCUUUAAGAAGUUGACUUGAACCUGGAAGUUACCUGAAAAGACAUAAUUAUUACCAGAGUUGUAGUUUAUCGUUUUUCUUUUUUUACAAUAUACUAAACGCGCGGGGAGAUCAGAAAGAAGAUGAUGGUUCAAGCGCGUUUGAAGAACUUGGUCGACUGGGAGAAGAAAUAGACUUAUUACCAGAUAAAAUCAAUGCAGAGCCUGAAAAGCAAAGGAAACAGGGAAAGUUUACAAACAAGGAACGUCCAGAGGAAAAGCGCAUUCAAUAUACUACCCGAGGAAAAAGGCAGACAUACUGCGAAGCUGAGGUGCCGGAUGAUGACCACUAUAUCUGUAAGUUGGACCACUUAGAAACAUUUCGCCUUGUAUUGGGAAAAAGAGCGAGCGAGGGCUAAUAAAAUGGCUCAGCCGGAAUAAAGCAAGCCCUUUACUUUGGCUUUCUUUAAGUCUGAGUAAAUUAUCGGAACAUAGACUACUCAGGAUAAUGACCCCAAGAACAUUUUAUACCUGAAGAUCAUGUCAUCUAUCAUUUUAUCAGAGGACUCUGCAGUUAGCCUCGUCGCGAAACGGUCCCCAGCGGCGAGGAGGGAGGUUAAAAGGCUGUUUUCUCAGGCUACCAUAGCAUCAGAGUGCAUCGACCUUAUAGGUUGAACAACGCAAAAUGCGCCAUGGAAUGCGAUAAUGAGGUGAUUUUUUGUAUUCAAUUUAAUACACUCCCCAGAUUGCGAAGAGUGCCACGACCUGCAUUACGGAGAGUGUCCAGUCCAUGGUCCUUUACAAAUCAUUGAAGACAAGACCGUGGACGAAAGCAUAAGAGAGUCGGCUGCAAUGGCUUCCACGCCACCUAUUCUUAGAAUAGCUGAUUCGUCAAUUCCAGGAGCAGGAUUGGGCGUGUUUAGUAUCACAGAGAUCCCAAAAGGUGUACGAUUUGGUCCUUAUAAAGGAACAAAGAUAGGCUGGGAACAUGUAACAGAGGAUGCAAAUACCAGUUACUGUUGGGAGGUAAGCCGUAUCCAUCAGUAAGCCAUGAGUUGAGGGUGCAUGAUCUCUCAAAUCUAUCAGUGUGCUUGCGUUGACUUGGUGGCCAUGGUGAGGAGAUCCAAGCAUAGCAUUGUUUGUGAUAAAAAUUUCUUGUUUAGCUGGUAGUGGAAACGUCUGCAUUGAUCAUGGUUGUUAGGACAUUAAGUCAGGGAGCCAGUUCCUUAAGGUCAGGGAAAAGUCAGGGAGUUUCAUUUCAUUGUUCAAUAUUCAAAUUCUUGGGUGCAGUUCCCGGACAGGAAAAAUGUUGGAUUGGUAUGAGGAUAUUGUUUUAUGAAAUUAAACGAUAAGCUCAUGUUAAAAGCCGGUCUAUAAAAAAAGGGAGAGCAAAGAAAGGAAGGCUGUAAAGGGAGGUUGGAGGCUAGACGUGGAGAUAGAUGAAACGAAAGGAGUGUUUUUGUUUCUUUGGUUCUAGAUUUUAAAAGAUGGAAAAUUCAGUCAUUUCGUAGAUGGCCAAAAUGAGGCUUGCAGUAAUUGGAUGAGGUUUGUGAAUUGCUCGCGAUGUGAGGACGAACAGAACUUGGUUUCUUUUCAGUUCAGAGGAAACAUUUAUUAUCGCACGUACAAGCGUAUACCCCCAGGAAAUGAAUUACUUGUUUGGUACGGAGAAAGUUACGCUAAGGAACUGGGGAUCUCAUUGGAUGAUAAUGAUAAGCUGGUUCGUGAUCGAGGCUGGGCAAACGGUAAGGAACUUAGCUACUCACUUAAUAUUUACUCGGCAUCAAAAAGAUUUAAAUGGAUUGCAGUUGGGGUAUUUGAAUAAACUACUUAUUAGCCCAAUAGUUUUUCAAAGUUUGUAACGUUUGAUAUAAUGUUUUGGAGACAUAUUUGUUCCACUUGAAGCUGUAAAUUUAGUUGUCACAAAAAGCAAUUAAUUCUUUGCCAACGUAAGUGCCAUGCAUACAGUGCAUAGUACAAAAAGGAAACAUAAUUAGCAAUUAAAUGAAAUGAGACAGCCGCGACACAGCCUUUGAUGACGGACAAUAAUAAUAAUAAUAAUAAUAAUAAUAAUAAUAAUAAUAAUAAUAAUAAUAAAUUUAUUUAUCUCCUCAAAAAGGCUUUUCAGCUUAAUUUACAAUGUCAAAUAUCUAAAACUUAGUUUUCCAAAAAUACCCUUAGAAAAUGCUGUUGUAUUUUUACUUUAACCCAUUCGCCCCUGAACCGCCCGUAACCGCCCGUGCGGAUCCAGGUCCUUUCUAGCCUUUGUGACGUCAUCAGUUUUAACGGUCAAGGACAACUUUCUUGGCGAACUUGUGUAGAGUGAAGAGAUCUUUCAAACCAUACCAGAAUGAGCACAAUUCAGUCAAGGACAGUGGAGAAAGAAGCAAAAAAACCACGUGACAUUGACCUGAAAAUCUCCAUGAAAAUCUUGUUCCAUUGCCCACCUACCUUUCCUUUCACCUAAUCCUAAGAUGCUAAAAGCUUUCCCAAAAACUCUUCCCACCAAAAUGAAGCCUACUAAAUGCCCAGCAAGGGAAAAGAAAAAUGAGGCAAGAAAAGCGAAAAAAGAAGGGAGGAGAAAAAGCGAAAAGUAAAAGUCAAGACUGCUGUGUCACUUUUAAACCCAAAAACUAUCUUGAAAUUUUGCUUUCUGCGCAUGCCCGAACUUCGCAAGCUGAUAUUUUGCAUCUAGAUCAGAAGGCCGCUAAGUGUACGACCUGUAAACCGGUUUGUGGUAAGUUUUAGCUCUUUAUAGCACGACAGUGACCAGAAAACCACUCGACUAGCUUCAAAACGCGUUUUUCGGCAAAAUCUCCAGGAGCGAAUGGGUUAAAUCAGGAGCCCAUCAAUGGGCUCCUGGUUAAAUACAUCUAAAUUAGUGAUAGACUUGGUGUCCCUUAAUAUAUUUCUAACGCCCCACUAGACGGCCUCUUCCUAACUACACCCAUUUAUACCCGCCGGGCAAUUACCUGUCAUCUUCAAGGAGGCCUAACGCCUUUGGAAAAGAAAGGAGGUGACUGUACUUGUUUGUAAAUUGUAAUUGAAUGAUACAAAAAAGGCUUUAAUCUGGGGAUUUUGCUAAAGUUGAGUCAGAAAUUUGCAACACGUGAUUUUGAUAAAAUUACCGAUGAAAGUGAAAUUUCUCAGCCGCGUCAAUUUUCAAACUGAUGUGGUAUAACGUUAAGCGGCGUUUUUAACCUUCUUUGGUGUAAUUGUGACUUUUUUCGAAGUCAUCAUAACUAAACAUGUUACCGUUUUUUUAGGUGGCGCAUUCACUUGCGAAGGUUGUGGAAAAAUGUUUACUUCAUUAAACUUUAUGCAGAGACAUAUGAAAUAUUACUGCUUGACUCGCACAACAAACAGAACAUGGGACUGCAAAAAAUGUAACAAGAGAUUUGCAUCGAUGCACUAUCUCAAGAUUCACGUGUGUAUAGAUUCAAAGGGACAACCGCAUCAAAACAUCAAGAAGAAAAAAGCAAUUGGUAAUCAUAACGGACUCUCCAAUACUAACACAGGGAAAAAACCAUAUCAGUGUAUACAUUGUAACAAGGUGUUUAACAUGUUGCACCAUCUGACCACGCACCUCCGUACUCACACAGGUGAAAAGCCAUAUCAGUGUACACAAUGUAACAAGGUGUUUAACCAACUGAGUAAUUUGACAAAGCACCUCCGUACUCACACAGGUGAAAAGCCAUAUCAGUGUACACAAUGUAACAAGGCGUUUAACCAACUGAGUAAUCUGACCACGCACCUCCGUACUCACACAGGUGAAAAGCCAUAUCAGUGUACACAAUGUAACAAGGCGUUUGCCAACUCUGGUGAUCUGACCAAGCAUCUCCGUACUCACACAGGUGAAAAGCCAUAUCAGUGUUCACAAUGUAACAGGGCGUUUAACCACUCUAGUGUUCUGACCAAGCAUCUCCGUACUCACACAGGUGAAAGGCCAUAUCAGUGU